UGCUCCACGCCUCCCACCCCCCCGACCCCCCCACCGCCCGUGCCCACCUCGCCCCAGUUCCCGCCCGCCCGCCCGCGCCGCGGCUUAUCCACCACCACCCACCUCCGUCGCUGGGCUGCCGGAUCGAUCGGGAUCGCGCCGCCGCCAUCCGCGCUCGCGGGAUCCUGCUCCUACCAUGCUGCGGCGCCGCGCCCUUCCCCGACCGCGCCGGCCAGCCCAACCGCGCCUCCCGCUCCCCGACGACCACCCACCCCUCGCCGCCGUCCUCUCCUUCCUCUUCAUCCCCACCUAAACCGCCCGCCCCCACCGCCGCGGGGUCCUGGUGGCGCUUCUGCUUCCUCCUCGGGCUCCCUCGGCGGCGCUGCUGGUGCUGGGAGGAGUAGUAGCGGCGGGCGGAUCGCCGCGGGCUCGGCCGGCGGGAUGAGCCGGGAGGGGCAGAGGCUCUACUGCGCCGCCGCCGCUGGGGCCGGGGGCGUCGGGAUCGGGGUGCUGUCGAUGGACCUACUGGGCCAGGUGCUCGACCGCCUCCGCGAGCCGCGGGACCGCAAAGCGUGCCGCCUCGUCAGCCGCGCCUUCGAGCGCGCCGAGGCGGCCCACCGCCGCGCGCUGCGGGUGCUCCGAUGGGAGCCGCUCCCGCGCCUGCUCCGCGCGUUCCCGGCGCUCGAGCGGCUCGACCUCUCCGCCUGCGCCUCGCUCGACGACGCCUCCCUCGCCGCGGCCGUCGCCGGAGCCGGCGGGGGGCUCGCGGGCCUCCGACGCGUGUGCCUCGCGCGGGCCAGCGGGGUCGGGUGGCGCGGGCUCGAGGCGCUCGUCGCCGCCUGCCCCAGGCUGGAGGCGGUCGACCUGUCGCACUGCGUCGGGGCAGGGGACCGGGAGGCCGCCGCGGUGGCGGCAGCGACUGGGCUCAAGGAGCUCAGGCUGGACAAGUGCCUCGCCGUCACAGACAUGGGGCUCGCCAAGGUGGCUGUCGGGUGCCCCAGGCUGGAGAAGCUCAGCGUCAAGUGGUGCCGUGAGAUCUCCGACAUCGGAAUUGAUCUGCUCGCCAAGAAAUGCCCUGAGCUCCGCAGCCUUGACAUCUCCUACCUCCAGGUGGGUAAUGGAUCCCUUAGGUCAAUAUCCACACUUGAGAAGCUUGAGGAGUUGGCAAUGGUUGGUUGCUCAUGUAUAGAUGAUGAAGGCCUGGAAUUGCUGAGCAAGGGGAGCGACUUACUGCAGAGUGUUGAUGUGUCAAGAUGUGAUCACGUGACUUACCAGGGAUUAGCUUCACUCAUAGAUGGUCGCAAAUUUCUCCAGAAGUUACAUGCUGCAGAUUGUUUGCAUGAGAUAGGACAGCAUUUUCUGUCCAAGUUGGCAACACUGAAGGAAACCUUGACUGUGUUGAAACUUGAUGGUCUUGAAGUCUCGGACUCUCUCCUUCAAGCCAUUGGUGAAGGUUGUAACAAACUUUUUGAGAUUGGACUAAGCAAAUGCAGUGGUGUUACAGAUGAAGGAAUUUCAUCUCUUGUAGCUCGAUGUAGUGAUCUAAGGGCAAUUGAUCUUACAUGCUGCAAUUUCAUCACCAACAAUGCUCUUGAUUCAAUAGCUGACAACUGUAAGAUGCUUGAACGCUUGCUGUUAGAAUCCUGCUCUUUGAUAAAUGAGAAGGGAUUAGAGCGGAUUGCAACUUGUUGCUCCAAUCUUAAGGAGAUAGACCUCACUGACUGUGGAGUGAAUGAUGCAGCAUUGCAGCACUUGGGUAAAUGCUCUGAACUGCAAAUAUUGAAAUUAGGCCUAUGCUCAAGUAUUUCCGACAAAGGCAUUGCUUUUAUUAGUUCAAACUGUGGAAAACUCGUGGAGCUUGAUCUCUACCGGUGCAAUUCGAUUACCGAUGAUGGGUUGGCAGCAUUAGCAAAUGGCUGCAAGAAGAUUAAGUUGCUAAACUUGUGCUACUGCAACAAGAUUACUGAUAGUGGUUUGGGCCACAUAGGCUCUAUGGAGGAGCUGACAAACCUUGAGCUGAGGUGCUUGGUCCGCAUCACAGGCGUAGGGAUCUCCUCAAUUGCAAUCGGAUGCAAGAGCCUGAUAGAACUGGACUUGAAACGUUGCUAUUCCGUUGAUGACGCUUGUCUGGGGGCCCUUGCUCGUAAUGCGUUUAACCUUAGACAGCUUACCAUAUCGUACUGCCAAGUCACCGGCUUGGGCCUGUGCCACCUGCUGAGCUCCCUGCGGUGCCUCCAGGACAUCAAGAUGGUGCACCUCUCGUGGGUCUCCAUAGAAGGGUUCGAGAUGGCGCUGCGAGCAGCCUGCACAAGGCUGAAGAAGCUGAAGAUGCUCACUGGGCUGAAGACCGUGCUGUCCCCUGAGCUCCUCCAGAUGCUGCAGGCAUACGGUUGUCGCAUAAGAUGGGUCAACAAGCCUCUCGUCUACAAGGACUGUUAGACUGCACCCUCGUUCAUCUCAUCGCCUGUGCAGUGCAACAUCCGCAUGGAUCGCAAAUUCACGAUCUUCCAAGCUUCUCAUCGGCUUAUGUUGUGAGCCAUGUGGCUGAAGGUAGCCUGCAAUAAUCGUUGUGGGCGUAAGCUCCCAUCUCAGUUGAUAUGUAUAUAUAAUGUUCAAUUUUCAUGUUAUUAGAGGUGAGAUGUAUAUGAUGCAGUGUGAUGGUCGUGCGUCAUGGAGACUUUGUACUUCUGCAUGUAAAUUACCAUGUGGCUUCUUGCUCUGAUGUAUGGAUGAAGGUUGAAGGUCUACACUUCACAUGGAACCGUCGUGAGUUGCAUGUAGAUGGAGUUCAAAGAAUUGUUGCAUAGCCCUUUUUUUAAUGGAUCCUUUGUUUCUUGCUGUGA